UCUGCUCUCCCCACUGCUCGCCGCGUGGGAUGGAUGACAUUUGGAGAAGGAUACAAGAUAUCUGCGGCCCCACGAGAAUGACAGUCGAUACGACGACCUGCUUGCCUGUCCGUUUCCUGUCCGUCCGUCAAUCAUGACCACUGCCAAUCAUGACCACCGCCAACUAGUAUGGGGUGCGUCUGAUUAGGUAUUCUACUGCUGCCUCAUACCUCUUGCGCGAUCCAACUUGAUGCACAUCACACUCGUUCGUCCGUGGCUUUUCAUGGCAGCGUCAUUGAUCGUCUCGUCAAUCUCUCCCUCUGGGGUCUCUCGCUGCGGGUGUCCGUCCCCGCGCCGGGGCCACCAAGAAAAACGGCCAAUCGGCCUCCUGGGGAGGGGGGUUUGGUUUGAAGCAGAAGAAAGAGCGCUUCCUUCUCUGCAGAAGCUCCGUGUGACCCCUCUUUCAUCUUUCCCCCUUCACACUUCACCCAUCCCCCCAUCCCCAUCACGCUCACGGGCAAGCCUGUGGAGCUCUGCUCGACCUAUCUGCAGCACUUGCUCCAGUAUCAACAGCCUGUUACCUACAUACAAACGGUCAAGAUUGGGACUACCUACCUUUCGAAAGCAGAUGGUGCGAGAUGGGUGUCGGCAGGCGCACGCAACUGCCGAUUGCAUUUCAUGCGACAUCCAUAGCCUCUUCCCCCCCUCCAAGUUCCAACGCAACCCCGAUUACAGCUAGAACCGUUCGAUCCAGUGCUUUGGACGGCUGGCAGCUGCUGCUGAUGCUACUGCUUGGGAGGGAUGGAGCUGGUUUCCCCUCUUCUCACCCAGCGGCGGCGGCCAAGCCGGAACGGUGGACGCCAUAAUCUGCAGCGAGCAAUA